UUGACGUCUGACGAAUGCUUUGCUUUGGAAUAAUUAACAUCUUCCAAAGAAAACUAAACUAUAAGAAAAGUUUAUAUUAUUCUUAAAUUAUUUUUUAGUAAAUUUAAGUGAACACCUUAUUAUUAUGUGUAAUGUGUGUAAAACACAAAUUGUUUUUUAAAGAUAACUUGUGAUUAUUUUGCUGCUGUGCAGAAGAAAAUAUGGCUGACGAUAUGUCAAAACAACCAAGUAGCAGAUCUCGUCCUCCACCUAGUGAUUUAGGAUUUAAUACAUUAAAUUUAUCCUCACCAACAAGAAAUAAACGUUUACUGGCAUUAAGUUUACAAGAUGGUACAGGUGAGUCAGCACUCAUACCUCAGGCUGCUAUUUCUGCACCUGCUGCUGUACAAUUAAAUGAAAGAACAAGGGAAAGAAUUAAAAUACAAGCGAGUGGUAAACUUCAACUUGGAGAUAAUCCAAAAGAAGAAUAUCAUUUUACUUCUGAUGAUAUGGAAGAUUUAGGUGAAAUUGGACGGGGAGGAUUUGGUGCUGUUAACAAAAUGGUUUUUCGCACGACGGGAACGGUAAUGGCUGUUAAACGAAUACGUUCAACAGUUGACGAAAAGGAACAAAAACAAUUACUAAUGGACCUGGAGGUUGUAAUGAAAUCGAACGAUUGCAAUUAUAUAGUUCAAUUUUAUGGGGCUUUGUUUAAAGAAGGAGAUUGUUGGAUUUGCAUGGAACUGAUGGACACUUCUUUGGACAAAUUUUACAAAUACAUAUACGAAAGGAAACAGCAGCGUAUACCAGAAUCGAUUUUAGCUAAAAUUACUGUAGCCACAGUUAAUGCUUUAAAUUAUUUAAAAGAAAAAUUAAAAAUUAUACAUAGGGAUGUUAAGCCAAGCAAUAUUUUAUUGCAUAAGCGUGGAGAUAUUAAAUUAUGUGAUUUUGGCAUUUCAGGGCAGCUUGUUGAUUCCAUAGCUAAAACAAAGGAUGCUGGAUGUAGACCAUACAUGGCUCCUGAGCGAAUUGAUCCUGAAAGAGCUAAAGGUUAUGACGUUCGCAGUGAUGUUUGGUCUUUGGGUAUAACUUUAAUGGAAGUUGCGACUGGGACUUUUCCUUAUAAAAAAUGGGAUUCUGUAUUUGAGCAGCUGUGUCAGGUUGUUCAAGGUGACCCACCAAGAUUAGCGGCUUCUUAUAACGAUACUUUACAAUUUUCUGAAGAAUUUGUUGAAUUUGUAAAUACCUGUUUAAUUAAAGAUGAAAGUGAACGUCCUAAAUAUAGUAAAUUGUUGCAAAUGCCAUUCAUUCAGCGUGGGGAACGUAGUCUUACAGAUGUAUCUGCAUAUGUUACUGAUGUAUUAGAAUCAAUGGAAAUGGACGGAAUCACUCAAUUCACAACAAAUCAGCCAGCCGAAAGUAUCUAUUGUCUGCAAGAAAGAAAUUACAUUAUAUGGCUUAAGUAACUAAUAAUAUAAUUACUCAAUUUUAAUUUUACAUAAAAGAUUUAUUAUAUAUAAAAUAACGAAAUUAAAAAAGGAAGAAAAGAAAAUAUAAAAAAAAAAUGUAUGAAAAUUAAAAUAUUGUUUGUCAGCCGUUAAAACUUAGGUGAUAUUUUUUAAUUAUUCAUUCAUAGAAAACAAAAUUUGUUUUCGUAAUGUUAUAAUAAAAUUUAUAUGGUGCAUAUUUAAUAGCAAUCAUAUAAAAUAAUUAUGAGAGUAAAAGAUAUUUGAAAAAAAAAAAAGCUAAAUAUUUAAUACAAAAAAGAAAACUGAUUGUACAUCUUAAGAAGCAUUAUUAUUGUUAAAAAUAUUAAGACUUAAGUUUAAUAUAUCUUAGAUUUUAUUUAGAAAUUGACUAAAUAUUAGUUGAAAUAUUACGUUUAAUAGCAGAUUUUAAGUUUUUCUAAAUUUUUUUAGUUUAUUUUUUUUUUUUGUUUUGUAAUUACAAUAGGAUCGAGAUCACUGGAAUAUAAUCUCCAGCUUUUGAAAAAUUUUUAUUAAAAUAUCAAACUUGGUUUAUUUUUUAUGUUAAAAUUUAAUUUUAAAUAAAACUUGUUCAAGUGGUUGACAAAAGUAUUUUUGAUAUUUUUAAGUUUUUGUCAGAAAAAAAAAUUAUUCAAUAUAUAUGAAAAAAAGUGCUAUUCGAUUAUAUUAUUUUGUGGAAUGUAAUUUUUUUAAAUGUUUAAUUUAGAAUUUUUAUUUUAAAAAAAUUUUAAUUUCAAUUAUU